CUGGAACCAAUAGCUGUUUCUUUGGCUGUGUUGUUUUUCCUMGCUGGUUGUCUGUGGCACAGGAGGAACGCUAGCUAGCAUUCUGUUAAAAUUCGGCUAACGUACGCCUGUGAUUAUCUGAUCGAAGUAAUGAAUUUACUACCAUCAAAUGCACAUGGGAACGGACUCUUGUACGCGGGAUUCAACCAGGAUCAUGGAUGCUUUGCUUGCGGAAUGGAGAAUGGGUUUAGGGUGUACAACGCAGACCCACUCAAAGAGAAAGAAAAACAAGAGUUCAUGGAGGGCGGGGUCAGCCAUGUGGAGAUGCUGUUCAGGUGUAACUACCUAGCGCUGGUCGGAGGAGGGAAGAAGCCCAAAUACCCACCUAACAAAGUGAUGAUCUGGGAUGACCUGAAGAAAAAGACGGUUAUAGAAAUUGAGUUCUCCACGGAGGUGAAAGCAGUGAAGCUUCGAAGGGACAGGAUCGUUGUGGUCCUGGACUCAAUGAUCAAAGUGUUCACGUUUACCCACAACCCUCAUCAGCUGCAUGUGUUUGAGACCUGCUAUAACCCAAAAGGUCUGUGUGUACUGUGUCCCAACAGUAACAACUCUCUCCUGGCGUUCCCGGGCACCCACUCUGGGCAUGUGCAGAUCGUGGACCUGGCCAACACAGAGAAGCCUCCGGUGGACAUCCCCGCCCAUGAGGGGGCGCUGUGCUGCAUCGCCCUCAACCUGCAGGGAACCAGGAUAGCCACCGCCUCCGAGAAAGGGACCCUGAUCAGAAUAUUUGACACCAUGGCAGGUCACCUGAUUCAGGAGUUGAGGCGGGGGUCACAGGCCGCUAACAUCUACUGCAUCAACUUCAACCAGGACGCGUCCCUCAUCUGUCUGUCUAGUGACCAUGGUACAGUCCACAUAUUCGCUGCAGAGGACCCCAAGAGGAACAAACAGUCCAGCUUAGCCUCGGCCAGUUUCCUUCCUAAGUACUUCAGCUCCAAGUGGAGCUUCUCCAAGUUCCAGGUUCCAUCAAAUUCGCCGUGUGUGUGUGCCUUUGGAACAGAACCCAACUCUGUCAUAGGUGAGCCAUUUGUGCUGAUGGCAGCUACUACAAGUUCCUGUUCAACCCGAAGGGGGAGUGUUCCCGAGACGUCUACGCCCAGUUCCUGGAGAUGACUGAUGAGAAGAUCUGACCUUUAACCCAGACUCCUCCUGCAGACAGACAGACGUGUGUUUAUUUUCUGGAGCAGGAGGACAAGGGGGGAUGGACAGAAGGAGGAGGUUAGGUGUCUCUGCUCACCCAGUGCUGAUAGACUCUCAAUGGAGGGAAGGAGAGAYGGAGACCGCCUUAGAAACGACAAGACGGAUGGAGGGAGCGAUGAAUGAAGUCAAUGUCCUCUCUGACACAAACUACUUAUUGACCAUCCUUGAACAACUAGRGAAGGACAGACAGAUGGACAGACUGUCACCUGGACCUUGUUGUCCUGCUACUCUGAGAACCAAACAGGGAAAUGUAUUUUUGUUGCUUUUUAAAGAUGUCUUCCUUGGAAUUUACAAUGAUCGGUCGAUUAUUCUGGUUAUUUUUUUUAAAGGCGUAUAGCGUUGAUUCCAAUAGGUAGAUACAUAGAAAAAUAAAUAUUGUAAACUAACACCACCUAAUCUAACUAUAGGGAGUGCCUCUGAGCUGAAUCAAUAUUGGAGUGUGUAUAUACUCGCAUAUGUGUCUUCAGGAAGUAUUCAUAACCCUUGACUUAUUCUUCAUUUUGUUGUUACAGCCUGAAUUCAAAAUGUAUUAAAUAUA